AUGGCCAUGUGGAGCGUGCGUCUGCGCGGGCCUGGCGGCAAGCAAGUGGUGCUCAAAAUCGACCCGGACGCGACCUUCAAGACCUUCUCCGAGCUUACGGCCGAGGAAUUGGGUCUGAAAGCUACGGAUUCGCCCACCUUUCGCAGAGGGUUCCCGCCCCGCGCGGUGGAGGCGGACGGCUCUGCGCUCGUCAAGUACGUGUUCGAGGCCAAUGACACUGUGGUGGUCGACACGAACUCGGGUGCGGCAGCUCCGGUGCAGGCUGCUGCACCCACCACCAAGAAAGCUCCUGCGAGACCGAAGCGAGCUGCGGCAAAGAAACCAGCCGCGAAGGCCCCGAGAGGGGGCGUGCAUACGCUUAACCCGCCGGCCACCACCACGAAGAAGAAGGCGCCGCCAAAACGGAAAAUCACAGGCAACGGGCGCCAACUGGGCAGCUCGCUGGAGAGUAAGCCGCCAGAGGCUGCAGAUGGAAUUGAAGCUGGUGACGAGGAGCAGGAGCCACAGCGUAAAUACCGCCGCAGUCGCGCGAUCAACCUCACUUCCAAGGAGGACGUCGAGAUCAGCCUGGUGAAUGCCGUGAGCGGUCAAUCUAAAGGCCGGGCAGCGAAGUUCUUCCGUGCGGCGACAAAGAAUGCAGUGGAGCAUCAAUAUGAGCUGACACUGGCCACUGCUCGACUAAAUGCGGCGCUUUCGCACAAUUACGAGAUUGAAGAGCAAUCGACUACCCGGCGCGCUGACGGUAGUGCUGCUAAACUUCGCGUGCGCUUCAAGGAGACGCCACGCAAGUGGAAGGAGGAGACAGUUGAUCUACUGAAAACUGACGAGCUGCAGGCCAUUUUGAAAUAUGUAUUGCUGUCUGGUGGCGAGACCGGGCGUGAAAUGCUCAAGCCUUUUAACAUGGCCCAGGUAUCCACGAGGGUCUUCUGGAGUAUCGCGCGCUUGUACGAUGGAGAUGUGGCUGCUGGUUUGGCAGACCUUGUGCCCGAUGAAGACUGGUCGUUUUUGGACACUCGAACAAGGGUGAUGUCUGAAAAAGCUAUGGAAGCAAAGGCAAAUGAGGAACAGUACAAGCUGUGGAAACAGGGAGGUGCUGGAGGCAGUCGUACAUCACCUCGGCGCGCAGAGAGUAAGCCGGAGCCGAAGACAACAAAACGCUCUGCCGCCAAGGAGAAGAAACCUGAAGUUAUUCACGUGGACUUGAGCGAAGAAGAAGCAGUCGAGCCAAAUUAUGCUGAGCCAAAACGUGAACCAGUAAGCCAGACUCCUGCUCUAUCAGCCAAAGAAGCGACCCCCAAAACUCUGCGCACUGCAGCAGCGCAGGCUGCACUAGCUCGGUUCGACCGAAGUUCGCAGACGAGUGCUGUUGUAUCCGCUUUUCUCAAGGAUGAUAGGCAUCCCGCGCAGACUACGGCAAUUUCGACCACAGUCGACGGCGUGGAAACGGAGUCGGAAGAGGAACUCGAAGAAGCCACAACGGUUUACUGUGAUACUUGCAAGAAAGCGCGCAUUCUUUCGGCAGAAGAAGCCAGUCAUGCCGAGCUUGAUAAGGAUCCUUGGACUUGCGCCAACUUGGGAAAGACUGGACGAAGUGGUGGAUGCGAUGCUAUCGAUGACGAAGUCGCCCAGAUCACAGGCGCUCCGAUUGCCCAAUGGCUGCAAAAGGCUAGCAUUAACACUCGGCAGGAGCUGGCGGACGCCUCCAUUGGGUCCACGAUGCAUGCUUUGGUGAACCCGCUGGACCCCUCCGCCCCGACAAUGCAAGCUAAGCUUGAAAAGCUGAUCGAUGAGGCACGUCUCGAUGAAGUGAACGACUGGAUGUUGGAACUUGUUGGUGAUGUCGAAGGGGUGCAGUGUCUCGAGGUUCAGAAGCUUGGCACACCUGCCGAUCUGAUAGCAACCCCCAGCGACUUGAUCCUGGAGGCUGCUGGCAAGACUGCCCCUGUUUCUCUCGAUACUGUCAGCGUCUGGCAAGCGCGUGCGCAACGUUUGGUGAACAAGCAUCCAUGGCUGGCGGAAUGGCGCACGCUGUAAGCAAGACAUCGGUCUCGAGUGCUGGUAAUUGAAAACGAAAUGAAGUUUAUUUUUCUUUUC